GGAAGCCAUCACAAAAUAAAAUUUAAAAGUAAAAGACCUGAGGCAUAGAUCUUUGUUUUUGCAUUGAAUUUAGGCUUCUCUGGGCUCUCUCUCCAUACAGGCACAGCCAAUAGAAGGGAAGGGCCCAUUGAAGAAGAAUGGACUCAAAGUUUGUUUGGGCUGUUGUCUCUGUCGUCAUUGUUGUUAUGCAUAAUAUGCAGCCGGCAGCGGCCUUGACUCACAUUGUUGGAGGAAGCUUUGGGUGGAAAAUCCCACCAAACAAUACCUUCUAUGAUCAAUGGGCUAAAACUCAUACCUUCAACCUCAACGAUAAAUUGGUGUUUUUGUACACAACAGGCGUGCACAAUGUGCUAGAUGUGAGCAAGGCAGACUACAAGGGGUGCACCCAAGUCUCAAAUGUGAAUCAACAUUACAUAGGGCCCACAACAGUGGAGCUCACCACACCCGGGACUCACUACUUCUACUGUGGUAUCGGGAUGCACUGCGAAGCAGGCCAGAAGCUUAAAAUCAGUAUUGGCACCAGUGAUGAUAAUGCCUAUGCACUUGCCCCUUCAGGACGCCAAGGCAGUAGUGGUCCUUCUUCUUCAAUAGAAGAUCCCACCACUCCUGAACACAAGGGAACAACCUCCUCCGCACACCGUGUUCACUUUUCCGGUGCAGUACUAACCUUUUUUUGCUCAGUGAUCUAUCUAAUGGCCUAAUCUAAUUUGGCUGCGAUAUGGGAGGCAUGGUUGCUGUACAUUCUGCAAAAUGUUUUCCUAAGUCAUUGGUGCAGGGUUGAGACUAGCCAGUGCAAGUUUUCUUUGGAAAAUUUAAUUUGUGAUCUUUUAGAGACAUUUGAUUUAUUUAUUCUUUGUGAGAGUGUGUUAUUUGGAGUGUUCACAUUAAAUAUGCUCAUUUUGCUA